AUGAUAAUAAUGGUAAAUAAAUUAAAAAAAAAAAAUAAGCGUUUAUUUAAUAUAUAUAAAUAUAUAUAUAAUAAAAUAAUAUAUUUAGAUAACUUAAAAAUAUAUUUAUAUAUACUUAAUUAUUUAUUUAAAAAAUAA